CGCAUCCCGAGGCCAAGGCAUUGCUUGCUCCACGACUAAGUAAUUCUCCGAAAUACCUAUACAUUUUCCUAAUGAAUUUGAGAUGAUAAUUCUCUUGUUCAGAGGGUGUGGGAUUACAUCCCAAUGUCUAUGGAAUCCAAGAGAUUCUGAUUUGUGGCGUUAAGGGAAAACAGCAGAAUGAAUGAAAAGCCGAAGAUUUACGUGUUCAUGGGAGCCCCAGCCCCGCCCCUGACACCUGUGCCUGAUCUUACCGAAGUAGAGCCUGCACCAUCCAGUCCGUGGAGGACCGUGGAGCUCUACAGGCAGGGGGGCAUCCUGAGGCUAAGGGAGGAUGAUGAGGGUCGGGUCCACAGUCAAGGUUGGGUUAAUUCCUCGCCAGAGCACAGCGAGGAAGCCAGAACACGCAAAUACCAUCCUAAACUGCAUCACGGUCCUAAGAAACAAAUUGGCUCUCCCUCAGAGAAAGAACCGGGGUCCGAAGAGACAACCCAGGCUGGCCUGGCCCCUUUGGAUAGGUCUCCCGCCCAGAAUGAGCCCGCUGUUACUAUUGAUGAGGAUGUGUGUUCUGAGUCGGUAAGGGAGUAUCUGGACAGCUGCUUCCCAGCCGGGCAGCCUGGCGCAGGGACGCUGUACGCCCCUGAGAGAGUGGACGUCCAGUCGCAUCCAGCCCUGUCUGUGGAGACUGAGUACCUCAGCGCGUGGACGGUCAGCCAAGCCCUGCUGCUGAGAGGAAGGCUGGGCACGCAAAGAGACACCAGCCCUUCAAAAGCCAGGUCUCCACCAAGCCCGCCCAAACCGUCCACUUCCGCCUCCAUAUGCUCCCUGGAGCUGUACAGUCCAGCAACCCCAACUCCGUCGCCGGUACACAGGGGCCAAGGAGCGACCCAGCAGGGAUCCAUGGAACUGUUCUACGAGCCCCUGCUGAGCAAGAAGCAGGAGGAAGGAGGUGUGAUACUAGAGGCCACUGCUGAAGGGGUACUAUGCUCUCAGAGUGACGUCUCCAAAAACCUCCUCCCCUCACCUCAAUCCCCGUCGGGGGUGUCGCCUUCACCGCCGGCGCCUAAACGGAGCCGGGCCUCACCCUCUGCAGCCGGGAGCGCAAGGCCAGCGGAUCAGCCCGUGGACAGGGCUCCUGUCUCUCCCCAAGGCCCCACCAGCCUCCUGGCUGAAUGUGUCACUCUGGGACGGCGUUUCUCCGUCUUAGUGGCCGUGGUGCAUCCGUGUCACCUGAAGGAGAUCAGGGUGCGGUCAGGCCCGUCCGCCGGGACCUGCAUCCCCCUGGCCUCGGUGGUGGCCACCGACCAGUCCGGAGUGGAGAUGAAGGUGGUCCUGUGGAGGAGGGCAGCGUUCUGGGCGUUGACGGUGUCCUCUGGAGAUGUGCUGCUUAUCACUGGGUUGACGGUGAGCAAGGACAAGUGGAGAGGCGAGACGAUGCUGCAGUCGUCCUACAGCAGCAGGCUUCUCAAUCUGGGCCAGGUCACUGGCAGCCGCUCCCCACCAGCACCUCAGAAUGUGAGUGGGCGGACUCUGAGGUCGCUGUGUGGUUACUUGCGUGAGAAGCAUUCCCUGCUGGUGUCGCUCCCCCCUCGCAACCCUCAGAAUCCCAACUCCAUCCCGCACGCCCGUCUUGGGACCAUGAAACCCAACAUGCUAGUGCACGCGCUGCUUCGAGUCUCACACACCGAGAUGUUCUCAGCGUGGCGUGCUGAGGCAGAGGGCAUGUCCAGGACAGGAGGAGUGCUGAAGGCUGUGCUGACUGCAGAACAGGGGGAUGGACAGCAGGGGGCAGUGGUGCUCUGGGGAGCUGCGUUGACCUGGCUGCAACGGAUCAACAGGAACAGAGAUGCAGUGUGGGAGUUCCGGGUUCUCCUGGUGAGGGAGAAUAUGAUGUCAGGCCUCCUGGAGCUGCACUCAACGCCCUGGGGUUCCUGUGAGCCCAUAUUUCCUGAUGAUAUGCGUGCACUGGAGUUCUACAAGCUGGGUCAAGCCAAACAUACCAGCAACAGUCUGGAGAUAGACCUGCAUACUCUCUUGUCCCAGAAGUAUACUGGCGAUGUGGAACUGAGAGUUCACAUCACAGCUUUCCAGUUCCAAGGAAGCCGGUCCCAGAAUACACUGCAGCAGAUCGACAACGACACUUCGUUGGAAAGGAUCCUCGACACUGUGUCUGGUGAUAUCACGUUCACGGGUUGCGGCCGCUGUGCUGCCGAGCUGGACACUGAUGACAAUGGGAUCUACUGUCCCUGUUACCCUUGCCUGCCCCAUACAGGAGUAAGACGCUAUUACCGGCCAGUUCUGCUGACGGUAAAGGAUGGGGAGAGCCAGGUAUGUGUCCAUGUGCCACCUGUCCUGUUGCAAAAGAUCCUCCUGAAUACUCCUCCUGACAAACUGGGCAAGACUGUGGCCCCAGGAUCAGAUGUCAGGUUUGUCCAAGUAGUGGCUGACAGAAUCCACUCCUUACUGUCUGUUCCCAGGCGCACCUUCCUCCUGACAGUCCGCAGCCACUUCGUGUGUGAUGAGAACAGUGUCCCCACUGCCCAGGACUUCCUGCUAAUGGAUUUACAUGACUCCAAAUCAUCCAUCAUCAUGUCUGGAGCAGUGAGAAUGGAUGAAAAUCAGUACAGCAUGAAAAUGAUCGAAAAUGAGCUGAUGAUGAAUCUAUCAUAUGAGUACAUCCCCACCGUGGAUGUCAAGGUCGAGCCCUACAUCCCAGAAACAGCUCAUGGACCCUACAUUCAGAUAAUUGAGGAGCCCAAACAGAGAGGAUUCAGAUUCCGCUAUGAGUGUGAGGGUCCAUCCCAUGGUGGGCUCCCAGGGGCCUCCAGUGAGAGGAACCGGAGGACCUAUCCAACUGUCAAAGUAUCUAACUACGUGGGGAUUGCCAGGGUAGAGGUGCAGCUGGUGACCCACUCCGACCCGCCUCAGGUCCAUGCUCACAGUCUGGUGGGGAGGCAGUGCUGCGCCGAGAGCGGGAUGUGCAGUGUUGACAUUGGCCCGAAUGACCUUACAGCACAGUUCAGCAACCUGGGUAUCCUUCAUGUCACCAAGAGGGGGGUGGUGGAGGUGUUGACCAAGAGACUGAGAGACGAGAAGAAGAGGCAGAGAGGGACACACUACCAUUUCACCGAUGCAGAGGAACAAGCCAUAGUGAGAGAAGCUAAAGAGCUUGGCAAGGUUAUGGACCUGAACAUAGUGAGGUUAAAGUUUACAGCCUACCUCCAGGACAGUAACGGAGGGUUCUCUAGGGCCCUGAAGCCGGUGGUCUCCAACCCAAUCUAUGACAGCAAAUCACCCAAUGCCUCCAACCUGAAGAUCUCCCGUAUGGAUAAGACCUGUGGGUCUGUGCUGGGAGGAGAUGAGAUCUUCCUGCUCUGUGACAAAGUACAGAAAGAUGAUAUUGAGAUCCGCUUUUAUGAGGAGGACGAUGGAAGCUGGGAGGCUUAUGGGGACUUUUCUCCGACCGAUGUCCACAAGCAGUACGCCAUCGUCUUUAAGACUCCGCCCUACCACAGCACCGAGAUCGAGCGCCCGGUCACGGUCUUCCUCCAGCUGAAAAGGAAGAAAGGGGGAGACUGCAGCGACCCCAAGCAAUUCACUUACGUUCCUCAAGUUCAGGAUAAAGAGGAGGUGCAGCGAAAGAAACAGAAGCCCCUGCCCUAUAAUGACCAAUGGAGAGGGCCUUUGGGAGGAGCUGGAGGCCCAGGGAGGGGCAGCGGAGGAUUCGGAUCAGGUGGAGGGGGAGGAGGAGGAUUCCAGUUCAACCAGCAGAUGAAUGGGUCGGGGGGGUGGAUGGGAAGCGGGUUCUCCGGUUUCGGAGGAGGUGUGGCCCAGAUGUCGGGCACCCCUGCGACGGCCGAGGGCACCCAGGAAGCAGGAGCGCCGGUCGUACAAACGCCAGGACAGAUGCCGAGACCAAUGGCUUUGCCGCUACAGCAGCACCUCCUCCACAUGGCUGCCACUCUCCAGAGCAGGGCCACUCGGCUGAGCAGACAGACAGCUGGGGCCCUCCUACAGUACUGCACCACUGGGGAUGUCCGGGUCCUUCUGGCAAUGCAGAGACACCUAUGCGGGGUCCAGGAUGACAACGGGGACACGCCUUUGCACCUGGCCAUCAUUCAUCAGCAGUCAGCUGUGAUUCAGCAGCUGGUUCAUACACUCCAAAACAUGCGCCAGGACAGAGUCCUUAAUCAGCUCAACCACCUCAGCCAGAGUCCACUCCAUCUGGCGGUGAUCACCGGUCAGGUUAAGGUGGUGGAUGUUCUCCUGAGGGCCGGAGCAGAUCCCACCCUGCUGGACCAGGACGGCCGGACCGCCUUGCACCUGGCGGCGCUGACUGGGGAUGACACCACACUCCGGGUCCUACUGGGACACCUGGGAGAACGCUACUCCCACCUGGUCAACACGGCAGACUACCACGGUCUCUAUCCUCUCCACCUGGCUGUCCGUAAAGGAGGCGAGCGUUGUCUGCGUUUGCUGGUGGAGGGCGGGGCUAAGAUCAACGCCCCUGAGCAGAAGAGCGGAUGCUCUGCCCUCCACCUGGCCGUUAAGGAGAACCUCUUUAAAGUGGCCUGCACUCUCAUCACAGAGCUGAAAGCAGAUGUAAACAUGGUUACAUUUGGAGGGAACACUCCUCUGCACCUGGCAGCCAGUCAAGGCUCCCCUCCUCUCUGCUCUAUGCUCAUUGCUGCAGGAGCCGAUAAGAAUGUUGAGAACGAUGAGCCGCUGUUCUUCAGCUCCUCUUCGUCGGAUGAGGAGCAAGAGGAGGAGCCAAUAAGACAGUUCAAAGGGCUGGAAAUCAAUGAGCCACCAAACACGUCAGCAGCAGAGAGGGCGCCAGUCAACCCUCGUAAGAGACCGGCAACCGGCCACACGCCCUUUGACCUGGCUAAAUGUCAAAAGGUGAGAAACCUUUUAGAUUCCAGACAGAGUCCCAAGCCCAGCCAGCAGCCAAGUAAAAAGCCCAAACCGAGCAGGACGGAAGAGGGCGAGCAGAUGACCGCCGAGACACUCAGCAAGUUGUGCGAGGUACUCCGUCUGAGUCACGUGCCCUGGAGACAGCUGGCCGAGAGGCUCAACAUGCUGUCGUUGGCCCAUCUGUACCAGGAGAGUCCCUCACCCUGUCACAAGCUGCUGGAGAAUUACCAGUUGGGUGGAGGUCCCGUGGAAGGACUGGUGGAGGCUCUGCAGUCGCUGGGUCUGACCGACGGGGUGAGACUUCUGAGACAGGCGGAGCGGAGAGAGGACAAACAGAGCACAGAUCAGACCGUAGACAGCGGUUUCGGGAGUCAGCCAAUAGAGGGGUUGGAGGAGCCGCCCCUGGCCAAUCCGUGACUGCCAGGAAGGGUAUGAAUCGGCACGAGGGAGACUUCAAUCCCACAUUUCAUCAUCCCAACUCCAUUCAGCACACUGACUGAACGCCAGAAUCUGACAUCAGACCAGUUCUUUACAAUGAGUACAGAAUUCAUUUGGCUUCAUUAUUCAACCUUGACUAGCUGACAAUUUCAAGUGGAUCAAGCUCUGCCGUACGUCCAGACAGAUGUUCAUUUUCUCAUGCAGCCAGUUAGUUUUACUCGGAGAGUUGACGGAAACAUCAUCUCAAUAUGUCUUGAACUUUCAAAGUGGCCUUCUAUCCUCGUCCGUUAUCUCUCACAGUGAAAGUGACAGAAAAACCAUGGCUUCUUUAUUUGCACCUUCCACAAACUACAAAUAAUGUGCAACCUCCAGUAGAUCAAUGCAAUUAUCAAUCUGUUUAUCACGCAUAUUUAUUGGCUGACAAUAUUUUACUAAUACUGUGUAUUAAAUUGUUUUUUCAUUUAUCAAAAUAUAUUGUAAAGCCAUAUUGCGGAUGGGGACAGUUUAAGUGUAUUUGCUGUGUAAUAGUUUUAUUUUAACUGUAUGUUAUUGAAAUAAAUGAAUUUCUCCUGCUACA